CUCUCUCUCGAUCUCUCUCUCUCUCUCUCGAUCUCUCUCAAUCUCUCCUGAUCUCUCCUCUCUUCAUAGUGGCAAAACCAAUAAUUGGCCUACAUCUUCUUGAUGUGAUGGGAAUUCCCACUCUCACAUCACUCUAGUGUACCAGAGAUUUCUCCAUCUUUCACCAUUCAUGGCUUAUCCGGCGGCAAUGCGGAACUCUCGCGCCAUUCUUUCCGAUCGCACUGCAUCGAUCAUAAGGCCGUCCUGCACAUUCAAGUUCUUUGCCUCCGCUAUUACGGUUUCUGUAUUACUCUUCCUCACUCUCUGUUUCUUUAUCACUUCAUCGGCUAAUCCUUCUGACUUCGAUAUGGGUUUCUCUUCCUCAAUUGGAGUUGGUUCGAUCCGGAGAACAAUGCUUGCGGUUAAGUCAGAUCCACUAAAGCCAAAGUUAGAUCAGCUCAGGAAACAGGCGGAAGAUCAUCGAUCUCUUGUCCUUGCAUAUGCUUCGUAUGCAAGGAAGCUCAAGCUCGAGGACUCGAAGCUUGUGAGAGUUUUUGCCGAACUCUCUCGUAGUUACACGGAUCUGAUCGCUAAACCUAAUUAUCGUGCUUUAUUUACAUCUGAUGUAUCCUCGAUUGAUGAAUCGGCACUUAGACAGUUCGAAAAGGAUGUGAAGGAACGGAUCAAGGUUACGCGUCAGGUUAUAUCGGAGGCGAAGGAGUCUUUUGAUAACCAACUCAAGAUCCAGAAGUUAAAGGAUACAAUCUUUGCUGUAAAUGAACAGUUGACGAAGGCGAAGAAACAAGGUGCGUUCUCGAGUUUAAUUGCGGCAAAAUCUAUUCCGAAGAGCUUGCAUUGUAUUGCGAUGAGGCUGAUGGAAGAGCGAAUUGCACAUCCUGAUAAAUACUCUGAUGAAGGAAAACCGGUAGCACCAGAAUUAGAGGAUCCAAAGCUUUAUCACUAUGCUAUUUUCUCUGAUAACGUGGUUGCUGCCUCAGUUGUGGUGAAUUCUGCUGUAAUUAGCCAAAAGGAGCCAACAAAACACGUGUUUCAUGUUGUAACGGAUAAGAUGAAUCUCGGUGCAAUGCAGGUGAUGUUCAAGAUGAAGGACUACAAUGGUGCUCAUAUUGAGGUGAAAGCUGUUGAAGACUACAAGUUCUUGAAUUCCUCCUACGUUCCGGUUCUUCGUCAGCUAGAAUCAGCUAACUUGCAGAGAUUCUACUUUGAGAAUAACAUGGCGAAUGCAACGAAAGAUACCAACAACAUGAAAUUUAGGAACCCUAAGUAUCUGUCAAUGCUGAACCAUCUGAGAUUCUAUUUACCGGAGAUGUACCCAAAACUACAUCGUAUAUUGUUUCUUGACGACGAUGUUGUUGUUCAGAGGGAUCUCACUGGGUUAUGGAAGAUUGAUAUGGAUGGAAAGGUGAAUGGUGCUGUUGAGACUUGCUUUGGUUCAUUCCAUCGUUAUGCACAAUACAUGAAUUUCUCCCACCCUUUGAUCAAGGAGAAGUUUAACCCUAAAACAUGUGGAUGGGCUUAUGGCAUGAACUUCUUUGAUUUGGAUGCCUGGAGGAAGGAGAAAUGCACUGAACAGUAUCAUUACUGGCAGAAUCUGAAUGAGAAUCGAACUCUAUGGAAACUAGGGACAUUGCCACCGGGAUUAAUCACGUUUUAUUCAACUACUAAGCCGCUGGAUAAAUCAUGGCAUGUCUUGGGGCUUGGCUACAAUCCAAGUAUAAGCAUGGAAGAGAUUCAAAAUGCUGCUGUUGUGCAUUUCAAUGGAAACAUGAAACCGUGGCUAGACUUGGGCAUGAACCAAUUCAAGCCGCUAUGGACCAAGUAUGUCGAUUAUAACAAUGAUUACAUACAGGCCUGCAAUUUUGGUCUCUGAGACACGAAAAAACCUAUGUUAUGUUGUUGGGGAGAAGGAUGCGGCUAAGCUGGUCCUUCUUUUGCAUGCGGUUCACAAUCAAGGUAUUACUAGCCUAAAGUAUAGAUUUCUUUCUUGCCUAAGAAGAAGAAGAAGAAGAAGAAGAAGGGGUAGUAUAGUAGAAUACUUGUUCAAUUGUUUAUAAAUGUUUAAUUUAAAUUGAAUAAUUUUAAGAAUUUGUUGCACUUUCCACUAUUAAAUCAUGGGCCAUGGUCUUCCUCUACUUAUUGUUUCUGAAUUUUGUUUUAUUCUG